UCACUCUGAAUUGUCAUUGGCUCCAGCAGCUUCCUCCUCCCUCUUGGUUUCCUUCUUCUUCAGCUCAGACGCUCAAAGUGUUUCAGUGAGAGAAGAAAGAGAGGACAGGUGAACAUGCAGCUCUUCCUGGCUCUCUGCUUUCUGCUGGGAAUCCCCAGCGGGGCUCCAGACAUUCACUCCAUGAAGAUGUUCCACACUGCAGCCUCCAAUAUUCCAAACUUUCCAGAGUUUGUGAUUGUUACUCUGUUGGAUGAACUUCAGGUUGAUUACUACGACAGCAACAUCAGGAGAGCAGUUCCCAAACAGGACUGGUCGAAUAAAAUCACAGAAGAAGAUCCAACGUACUGGGAGAGGCAGACUCAGAUUGGUCUGGGAGCUCAGCAAACCUUCAAAGGAAACAUCGAGAUCGCGAAGGAACGAUUCAACCAAACUGGAGGUGUUCACGUUUUCCAGUGGAUGGUUGGUUGUGAAUGGGACGAUGAAACUGAUAAAGUGAACGGAAAUUGGCAGUACAGUUACGAUGGAGAAGAUUUCAUCGUUUAUGACCUGAAAACAGAAACAUGGAUCGCUCCAGUUCCUCAGGCUGUUCCCACCAAACACAAGUGGGACAAUGACAAAGCAGAUUUGGCUUAUACCAAAAACUACCUGACCACAGAAUGUCGUGACUGGCUGAAGAAGUAUGUGGAGUUUGGUCGGAGCUCACUGAUGAGAAAAGAUCUUCCCUCAGUGUCUCUCCUCCAGAAGACUCCCUCCUCUCCGCUCACCUGCCACGCUACAGGUUUCUACCCCGACAGAGCCGACUUGUUCUGGAAGAAAGACGAGGAGGAGCUCCAUGAGGACGUGGUCAAAGGAGAGAUCCUCCCCAACCAUGACGGGAGCUUCCAGAUGAGCGUUGAUCUGGAUCUUUCAGGGCUCAAAGAUGAAGACUGGGGGAGGUACAGCUGUGUGUUUCAUCUGGCUGGAGGACAGGAAGUCUCCAAGAGACUGGACAAACGGGACAUCAGGACCAACUGGAAGACAAAUGAUGGAGGACUUCACCCUGGAGCUGCUGCUGGAGGAGUGUUGGGAGCGAUUGCUGUUGUGGUCCUGGCAGGCGUUGGAUUCAUCAUCUACAAGAAGAAACCACCUCAAGGGUUCAGAGCCACUAACACCUCUGAAACUUCAUGAGGAGAAGAUCCAGCCGUGAAGAAAAAGCCCCUAAAAGAAGCCCCCCCUGGACCAGAUGUCUGGAGGGUUCCUCACUCCAGGAGCUCCAGAGAAGAGCAUGAGGGACAGAGCUGAGCAGCAAACAGUAAAGUCCAGGGGGGGUUCUCUCCUCUGGAUGCUGAUGUGUUGCAGUGGAGGAAAGAACAGCUGGAUCUUCCACUGCUUUCCAAACUGGCCUCCAGCUGCAACAAGUGUCCAUCAGAGGAGAGCUGAGCUCAGCUGGUGACAGACAGCAGGAGCAGCACAGCAGUCUGCUUCUUCCUGAACAUGUGGACCAGCUGAUGCUCCUCCAGGAAAAGCCCACGCUCAGUCAUAUGAAGUGAAGCCCUCAGUGAGGGAGGAUCGCCGACACCGCUGGACUUUUGGCCCCGAUCGUCAUCAGAGAGCUGUUUCUGUUUGGUGAACUUCUCUAGAAACCACAUCAACAUGUUGUUUUCCUCACUACCAGGGAGUGAGCAGUGUGGACUGGGCCCUCUGAACAGCUGAUCUUCCUGGCUGGGUUCUGUUUCCAGCUGCUGUGUCUGUCAGUCACACUGUAGUUUUUACAUUUCUUCCAUGUGGAGCAGCUGCAGCUGUUUGCUUUGACUGAACGGAUUGAUAGAUUUGAAAUGUCAGAUUCUCCUGUCCCUGCUCAGCCAGCAGCAGAGUGUGAGCUCCAGCACAGCAGUCUGGCAGGGAGCAGUGUGAGCAGCACUGGAGGAAGGUAUUUCACUGAGCUCAUUGCUGAAGCAGGAAACCUUCAGUUCUUCAGUUCAGCUGGAAUUAUUCUGUCAAACUUUGUUCAAUGACAGACGGGGAGCAGCAGCAGGAAAAGGAGCUGAGAAAGGGACUGUUGGUGAACGCUCCAUGUGUUUCUCUGCAGCUUUUUAUCAAAUCGCC